UUAUGUUCAGACGCAGCUGGUUUUUGACGGUACCAUCCAGCUUUACAUCGUUUUGUCAUCUCAAAUGACCAGUCAUGUGACACUGAAAUACUGCAAGCUGUUGUCUCUGCUUGUUUCCUCACUCAGCUCUGAUUCUUCUCGCUGAACGCUGAGGAGUACUUCCAGAAUGCUGUCUUUGGUCAUAAUUACAAGCCUGUUGGCUUUUACCUCCAGCAAACCAUGCGAAACAGAAGGGUCCAACCGUGAACUGCUCCUGUCCCUCAACAAGGAUCUGCUUCGUUCUCUGGAAAGUCUGGAUGGGCUUCCCAAUCCCAGUGUCCACUUGGCACUUCGUCUUUCUAAUUACCACAAUCUUGCUAAGGAGAAUGAACACCUGAAUAGACUGAAAAGUGAUUUACACACUGACAUUCAAAGCUCCCUCAUGAAUAGCCAGUCAGUGACUGGACUCUUGGCAUUGUACAGUCUGGCUUUGAAGUCUUCUUGCUAUGAUCUCAAUACCAUCACCUUCAGCGUAAAUGACAAGAGCGAGACGCUGCUGACACACCUGAAGAAGCAGAUGGAGCAAGAGAAAGAGCACAUUGCCUUCAGUCAUCGCCCUUUGACCAACUAUUACCAGUACAGUCUGGGCGUGCUCGCUCUUUGUGUGAGCAGCAUCAGGGUCAAUAAUCACGUCAGCCACAAGCUCAUCAAAGCAGUAGAAAAUGAGAACUUCAAACAUGGAGACACCGAGAGUGUUGAUACGUACGCCAUGGCUGGAAUGGCAUUGCAGUGUGUGAAGGACUCUGGUUCUUACGUGCACAGUGCAGCCGAACUUGAUGCAGCUCUGAGCUUGAUCAAGCAGAAGCUUUUGGCUUCUCGUCGGAGUGAUGGUCAUAUUGGUAACGAGUUUAGCACUGGUCUUGCAGUGCAGGCCUUAGUAGCAAUGGGCAGUGAGGUUGCAGAGUGUGCUGCCUCCAUGGAGGCCAUGAGAACAGCUGCCAGAGGCAACAUCUACCACAACCCAAUGGCCAUUUCCCAAACACUGCCAGCUCUCCACAAGAAAUCCUACCUGUCAGUUAAGAACAAGGAGUGCCUCAAUGAGGAUGACACUCUGGUGCUGGAACCAAGGGACCCCGUAGUGGUUUUACCAAGCAAGACCAAAGUGAAAGUGAUGGUAGAAGUGGUGACAUCCAGCAGAGCUACAGCCCUUUACUCUGUGGAUGUGCCAAAGGGCAGCUCACUGUUGGAGGCCCUUGAACUGCUCAAAGGGAAAAAUGUUGGCUUCACGUUUGAAAUUGAAUCCAGCCUGUGGGGACCUUUCUUAAGUGCAGUAAAUGAUGAGCAGGCAAGACAAAGUGACCGCAGAUACUGGCACCUCGCCUCUGAUGGCACUGCACUCACUCAGGGUAUCAGUGAUUUUAAGAUUGAGGAGGCCCAAAAGAUUACCAUAAAGAACACAAGCUACUGAUGAUAAGGAAGUAAUUCACACGUGACUGAGAAGCACUACAAUCUCAAGUGUUUUGUAUUAUCUUUAUUGAUUAUGCUUAAAUUGUUUGUUGGAAUCAUUUAUUUAGGGCCUUAAAUAGUAAAAUUUGGGAAAAAGAAUAAUUAAGUGCAUAAAUACACUGUUUUCUACUUAACUACUAAAUGUAAAUGGUGCAUGUUUUUCAGAAUGGAUUUUGAAAUUGCUGUGACUUCAUUA